GCAAUGCAUGGUCCUCUCUCCACCUACUUGGCGCCUCCCCCAACAUAUGACGGAGGUGGAUUUUCGCUAUAUUGUAUUCCCCCCGCUGGUAAAAGACACUAGUCCAGAUACGCGUUGGAGUUCAGGCCGCAGUCAUUUCAUAUUCCCUGCACAUACUAACUCUACUUACUUAGUAAUUACUAAGUACAAUGAGGAAAAGAGUUACUGAACAUUCUGAUGGCGAGAAUGUGUCCUCAUCCUCUCGCAUGCAGACGAAAACAACCGUUUGCCAGGAAAAGAAGGGGCUGGCUCCCUGCAGAUCAAAAUUCUGGUUUUGGGUAAAAAGUGGCGCAUAUGCACUUUGUGCUAUUUUUAUUAUGAUGCCUAUCUUGGAGGAGCUUCCUGAAAUAAUAAGGCAGCGUGUAUAUUAUCAUCGAAUCAGAGCACCAUUUGUGUUUGAUCUCAGUCAUCCGGCUGAACUGGCACUAAAUCACACCAUCAACAUGUACCUUGAACCUGAAGAAGGAAUCUCCCUUGGCAUAUGGCACACUGUCCCGGAUGAUAAGUGGAAAGAAGCUCAAGGGAAGGACUCUGCAUGGUACCACAGAUCUCUGAAAGAUGGAAGUCCAGUUAUCAUUUAUCUACAUGGUAGAACACAGACAAGGGCAGCCAAGCAUCGCAUUGGAGUGGUCAACGUAUUGAGUUCCAUUGGUUGCCAUGUGUUGUCAAUGGAUUACAGAGGGUUCGGUGACUCGACUGGAAAGCCCACGGAGGAAGUCCUUACCAAGGACGCUGUCUGGCUGCACCGUUGGGCCAAAGAGCACAGCGGAGGCAGCCGAGUGCUCAUCUGGGGACACUCUCUUGGAAGCGGAGUGGCUACAAACACAGCUGUCAGAUUAAUGGAGCAAGGUGUGCUAGUUGACGGUGUGAUCCUUGAAGGUGCAUUUAAAAAUGCACGGAGGGCAGAGCCUCAAAGUCACUUCUACAGGUAUUCAUGGACGAUAAAAAGGCUCAUAUUGAGAGACGAAGUGGGCGAUAUGAUCUUCCCUAAUGACGAGAAUGUAAAGAAAAUGAGGAACCCGCUUCUGUUCCUUCAUUCAGAGGAUGAUCAUUUAACUACGCUUCGUAACGCUGAACAGAUGUAUCAGGCAGCGCUGAGUGUCCAGGAUGACAAACGAGUCAGGAUGGUAACGUUUGAAGGCUCUCUGGGGUAUCUGCAUAAUGGAUUAUAUAAAGACCCUCGCCUGCCCGCCAUCAUCAAGAACUUUGUGGUUACAACAGAAGAAAUGUCGUGAAGAUCUUCAGAAUCUCGCCAUGCAGGGAACGAUGACGUAAAUUUACACAUCACAUAAGGAUAUACAUUUUAUUACGUUAAUAUAAUUCCAAUGACUUUGUUUGAUUUCUGUUAAACAUAAUUCCAAUUACUUUGUUUCAUUUCUGUUAAACAGUAUUGGUGCUGAUGAAUUGUUCACAAUACUUACAAAUAAAUAUGUGUAUGUAUUGGUAAAUUUAUGUUGAUAAUAAUAAUAAUUUGGUU